AUGGCCUGUUUACAAAAACUUCGAGAAGAUAUUGCCUUGCUUGAACGAUUGUUUCCGAAAACACAUGAACGCUUUCAGGAAAACUACCCACGAGAGCCUCCAAUUUGGUUCAGCGAAUCCGACGAUGCUAUAGUCACCGCUUUACUUGAACAGCUCACUCAAAGUCAAGAUGGCACAGGUAUUCUGGCACAAUUGCAUAUGCUGGUUCUCAGGCUUUGUACUGCGCAUAAUCUGACUGCGCCGACAGAACUUGAAGCGAUUGCUCCGGUCCCACCGGAAGGUUUAGCUGUUAUUACUCGUGUUUCUCAGGUUCAACGUCAGCAGCACCUUAAAGGCGCUCCAGCUGGUUCUGUAACAGCCUCAGAUCGUCUUAUGAAAGAGCUUAAGCAGAUAUAUAGCAGUGAUAAUUAUAAAAACGGCGUUUUCUCAAUCGAAUUGGAAAAGGAUAAUUUGUAUGAGUGGAAUGUCAAAUUGAAGAAAGUUGAUGAAGAUAGCAAUCUUGCAUCAGAUUUGAGACAAUUGGCUAAACCUCCACAUAACAAGGAUGGACUUCUUUUUCAAUUUAUUUUUGGGACUUCAUUUCCGUUUGAGCCUCCUUUUGUUCGUCUUGUUUCUCCAGUUGUUACUAACGGGUUUGUUUUGAGUGGUGGUGCUCUUUGUAUGGAACUUUUAACCAAACAAGGAUGGACAGCUUCUUAUAGCGUUGAAUCAUUAAUUACUCAAAUCUCUGCUACUUUGGUUAAAGGAAAUGCUCGUAUUGCAUUUGAACCAAAAAAUGGGAAUACUUAUAGUUUGGUUAAAGCUCAGCAAUCUUUCAAGUCUCUUGUACAUAUUCAUGCUAAAUCAGGUUUGUUUUUCUUUUUUUAUUUUUUUUUGGGCGGAACUUUAUUGAUAGCGUGA